GGGAUUGGCCGGAACCGAGCCGGGUCACAGAGCGCCCUGGCAGCACCCGGCACCAGACCGGCUACCGGGGCUGGUGGAUUCAGCUGCAGGGGCAGAGCCAGCUCAGAGCGGCGUUGCUGCCCGUCUCGGGGAAUGAAGGGCCGAGGGGGCCCUCGUCUCACAGGCUGGCUUCGGAGGUCGCACCUUCUCCUGCUCCUCUUCCGAGAGUCCUGUACCCCUCAAGGCCCGGCUGACCUGCUCGGGAACCAACACGAUGCGGCAGGCAACACAGCUCCCGGUGAGGAACCAGCUGUCACCGCGCGGGCCUUGCCCCCUGCAGCCCCAGCUCGCCCCCAGUCUCCAGGACGGCGCGGCGGGGAAACCAGCGCCACGGCCGCAGCAGGCGCCCCCCGGCUCUGAGGAGCCCCCGCCCCGGCAGCCGGCGGUGCCCUGCCACGUGCCGCGCCUGCGGGCGGUGGUGGAGAGCCAGGCCUUCAGGAACAUCCUGGUGGACGAGGUGGACAUGAUGCACGCGCGGGCGGCCACCCUCAUCCAGGCCAACUGGAGGGGCCACCGGCUGCGGCAGAAGCUCGUGUCCCAGAUGACGGCGGCCAAGGCCAUCCAGGAGGCCUGGCGGCGGUUCAGCACCCGGCGCCUCCGCCGCUCCAGCAAGGUGACGGUGAGGAGGCGCUCGGAGGAGGGCGACAUCCCCUACCACCCGCCGCAGCAGGUGCGCUUCGGGCCCCAGCCCCUCACGGCGAGCAAGGAGACGCCUGUCUCGGCCUCCGUCAUCCUGGAGCCCUGCGCUCCCCGGCCGCUCUCCCUGCCGCCCCCAGCAGUCCAGGGCCCGCCAGCGCCCGGCGUGCGGGCUCCCAGCGCCCCCAUGGCGGCCAUCCUGCUGCACCAGGCCGUGGCCAGCAGCCUUCCGUGCUCAAGGAGCCUAGAUCCCAAAUGCCAGCCGUCCCUGGUGGCGACGAACGCCGUCAGGAGCCCCUGCCUCGUCAGCAGUCCUGUGGCGGAGGACACCGCGCAGUCCAGAUGUGUGAGCUCCAGGGCCACCAAAGCAGGGGCCCCGGAAUCACCCCUGUCGGGGAGGUGCUGCCAGGCAGCGUCUGCAGCCCCCGGGACCCAGGCCCAGGUGGAGGCGGAGCCCCUCAGAACCCCGGCCCAGACCUACGGCAUGGCCUCGACCACCAGGGCCUCAUCCCGGACGUACGCCGGGGCUGCCAUAACCAAGCCCGCAGCCCAGACGUGCCCGGCACCCACGCUGACCAGGACACAACCCCAGACAUGCCCGGCACCCACGCUGACCAGGACACAACCCCAGACGUGCCCGGCACCCACGCUGACCAGGACACAACCCCAGACGUGCCCGGCACCCACGCUGACCAGGACACAACCCCAGACGUGCCCGGCACCCACGCUGACCAGGACGCAACCCCAGACGUGCCUGGCACCCACGCUGACCAAGGCCCCAGCCCAGGCGCAGCCAACGCCACAGGCCAGCACUCCGCCGCCAUCGCAGCCGACCGCCCUCAAGAGCAGGACCCCAACCCAGCAGGGCUGGAUGCCCGUGAGCACAAAGGCCUCAGCCCUCAUGGGCCUGGUGCCUGCCCUGGGCAGAGGCCCGCUGCAAACCCCUCCGGUGGCCACCGUGUGCAAGACACUGUCCCAGACGAGCCCCGUGACCUCGACGCCCAAACCCCCAUCCCAGAUGAGCCUGGCGGCCAUGAUCAGCAGGACCCCAGCCCAGAUCCGCUCAGUCACCGCCGUCCUCAAGACGCUGUGCCCAACGCUGCCGGCUGCCAGCAACCUCAAGGCUGCACCGCCGGCGGCCAGGCCGGCCGGGGCUCCCGGCAGCUCGUCCAGCCUGCCUCUGGCCGCCUCGCGGACCAAGGUCCCGGCCAGCAGGCGGGAGGCGGCCGCAGGGACAGCGAAGGGUUCAGACCUCUCCUGUUGGGCUGGAAGGAGGCUCAAGGGUGCCCCCCAGCCACACCUGGAAACUGGGGCUCCCGGCGCUCCAACGAGGGGCCCUUUGGAAGCCAAGAGCACGCACACUGGCGCCCAGAAACCGGUGCACAAGGACACGGCGUGUAAGACCGACGUGGCAAUGCGGGCAACCAAGGUGCCAUCGUGGGCCGGAGUCUCCAAGGACAGGAGCCAGCCCCUGUCACAGACGCUGCAGAGAACGGAAGUCAUCAAGGUCCAGUCCCAGGUGUACAUGCCCGUCCAGGUGGCUGUGUCUGUGCCGCAGGCCCAGGUGGCCGUUCCGCUGACCAAGGCCCUGGCCCCAGGGCGGCCGGCCAAGGCGUCCUCCCAGCCUCAGGCGGUCACACGCUUGACAGCCCCCACCCGUGUCCAUCCCACCGCCAAGCAGAUCAAGGCCCUGUCCCAGCUGCGCCUGGCCACCUGCCCUGCCAAGGCCGAGGCCCAGGCCCAUCCGCCCAGCAGGCUGAGCAAGGCCCCGUCCCUGGCGCACCUGGUCACGUGUCUGAGCAGGACGCAGUCCCAGGUCCAGCUGGGGACAGAGGCAGCCAGGCGUGUCUACACAGCCCAGCAGUCCGGUGACUUCGGCAGCAAGGCCCAGUCGCACCCGCUGCUGACCGGGCCCAAGGCUUCCACCCCCAGCUGCCGGCUCCCGGGGACCCUUGACUCAGGCUUCCGAAUCAAGCCAGAACACAGACCGGGCAAGGCCACCCAGGGCGCCCGCCCCACCGUGCCAGAGCCCCAGGGCACGCUGGUCCCUCUGCUGACCUCGGCCGCCGCCACACACCCCGGCUGUAGUGUGGAACCCUGGGGAGACAGCAAGACCACACGGGCCCAGCUGCCGACACCCGGCCAGGCGGCGCCGAGCCAGGAGGACAUGUUGGCCUCGCAGAUCACCGCCCUGUGCACGGAGCUGGUCACUGCGCUGGGCUCUCAGGAAGACCUGAGGGUGCUGCUGGCCAGGACGCUCUCCCAGGGAGAAGUGUGGGCCGCCUUGAACCAGGUGCUGUCCAAGGAGGCCCUGGGGGCCACUGUGGCCAAGGCCCUGCCCCAGGGCAUGCUGGGAUUGGCCCUGGCGAAGGCGCUGUCCUGGGGAGAGCUGGGUGCCACGCUGUCCCGUGCGCUGUCCCGGGGUGAGCUGCGUGCGGAGCUCGCCAAGGCCAUGCACAGCAGGGUGACCGAGGUGCUCAGCAGGGCACUGACGCAGGAGGAGCGGGUGGCUCUGAGCCGGGCCCUGUGCCAGGGCGAGCUGGGGGCCGUCCUCAGCCAGUCCCUGUCCCGGGCAGCCCCCAGGACCGGGGCCAUCCUCCCCAAGGCCGCCUCCAAAGUGACCAGCAGCAAGAUGCCGCUGCCACCGGCCCGGGUGGAGGUGAGAGCGUGGGACCCCUGCCUGCGCUCCCCUGUGCGGCUGCAGCCCAGCAAGGGCCCCGUGGACACCAGCACACGUGGUGGCCAGCCGUGGACCUCCACUCUGCCCAGUGUGGCGGUCCGGCCCCUGGACUGCGCCGUGGCCCCCCACACUCCAUUGCAGCCGGCCAGGAGCCCGGGGCCAUGGGACCGCGUGGGCUGCACAGCGGCGGCCACGCCCAGGCCGCCGGGGGACCUGAGCCUGUCGGUACAGUACAUGGAGAAGAUCGUCGUCCACGCCGCGACGGUCAUCCAGGCCUGCGCCCGCGGCUACCUGGUGCGCCGGGCCAUCAGGGCGUGGCACCAGAGGGCCACCGCCAUCCAGGCCACGUGGCGCGGCCACCGUGUGCGACGCAACCUGGCACAGCUCUACAAAGCCGCCACGGUCAUCCAGGCUGCGUGGCGAGGCCACUGCGUCCGCCGGGCACGCGCCCAGCACAUGCAGCUCCCGCCGGCGUGGACCACGCCGAGCGAGGCCCGGGCGGUUGCCGAGCACCGCUGCUUCCAGUCCUGCCAGCCGCGCGCCUGCAGCCUGUGCACGUCCCUGAGCCCCAGGCUGGGCAGCCCGCCCAGCGUGGUGAUGCUCGUGGGCGCCAGUCCGCGCACCUGCCACACCUGUGGCCACACGCUGCCCACGCGGGUGGUGCACGGCACAGGCCGAGCGGGCGCCCUUCAGGCCCACGCGUCCCGGCCGGCCCUCCAGCAGCUCUGGCAUUCCCAGCAGCAGUGGGACGCAGCAGCCACCACCAUCCAGUCGGCCUGGAGGGGCUUCAAGGCUCGCCGCCAGCUGAGGGAACAGCAGCUGGCGGCCAGGAUGGUGCAGGCCACCUGGAGGGGCCACUACACGCGGAGCUGCCUCACUCCCGAAGCGCUCUUGGGGACAGGAAGCCCCUGGGACAGCGCGCCUGGGGCCCCGAGCCACGACCCGCGGCAGCUCGCACGCCGGUCUGGCGUGUAGGACUCUGGCUGCAGGCAGGGGACACUGGAGCAAGGGCUGCUGGGUCUCUGGGUCCCGUGAAUAAAGUCACCCAGCCUGA